AUGGCCGCUGGCGUUGAUUACAAGCGCUACCGGCGAGCUUUGACUCCCGCCACUGCGUCUGGAAUCAACUCUGCAGCUACCACGGAGCCCAACUUCCUCUGGAAGCAGCGCAAGUAUGUGUUGCUGCAGGCCACGCUCGCGGCCACCGUCACCUACUCGGCGGGAGUGAACCCGCCGGGAUGGCUCUGGCCCGACAACGGCGACGCUCUCCAGGUUACGUAUCCCCACCGCUACAAGGUCUUCUUCUAUUUCAACGCCACCGCCUUUGUCGCCUCCCUUGUCACCAUCCACCUCCUCUUGUUCGACUUGCUCCGCCGCCGCCGCUGCUGGCUGCGUGCAGUCCAGGCCUCCGUGAUCCUCAAUCAAUUCUCCCUCCUGGGGGCCUAUGCAGCCGGCAGCUGUAAGCAGGUGACCAGGUCCACUUACGCGGUGGCCCUUGUUGGCAUGGUCUCCCCCUACGUCUGUGCCCAUGUUCUAUCCUUCCUGCGGCGUGCCCUGAGAACACACGGUGGCUGCAAGAACUUGGCGCCACCUGAUGAUCAUGUGCCGGAAACUGUGGAGCUCGUGCCUAACAUCUUUCUAGUCAUCUCGCCUAUUGUGGCGACGUUGACUUACCAGGCCGGGCUGAGCACGCCGGGUUGGUUCUUGUCGGACAGCAAGGACGGUGACCAUGUCGCCGGGGACCCUAUCCUCCGCGGUCACCAUACAGACCGCUUCAUGGCGGUUUUCUACUUCAACCUCAUGGCGUUCAUGGCGUCUCUGGUCAUAACGACGCUGAUCAUCAGCGGAACCGUGAGGCGCACGUGCCUCUGGCUCUGGGUGUUGACAGGUGAGACUCUAAUCGGGCUCACCGGUACCUUUGCCAUCGGUAGUAACAUGAGAGUCAAGGCAUCCAUCAAAGUCGUCAUUGCAUUAUUGGUUGCCGCCAUUACAUUGUACAUGGUGGUCCACAGCCUGAGCUCAGCAGCAUCUGAUCAUCGGGUUCAUCAUUCAGCAUCUGAGCUCAGCAGCACCAGUUCAUUCCAGGAGUUUCGCACGCACUUGGUUCUGUUGGCGAUUCUUGCUGCCAGUGUAACAUAUGAAGCUGGACUGAACCCGCCGGGUUGCUUGAGGCAACAAAGUGCUGCUCAUGAUUACAUCGCCGGUGACACAAUCCUCCACGUCACAAAUCCCCAGACCACGAGAUAUCUGGUUUUCUUUUACUGCAAUGCAACAGCAUUUGUUGCGUCGCUAGUUAUCCUUAUCCUACUCGGCAACAACAUAUUGAGCACCCAAGUCAAGCGGCUUGCAUUGAUAGUCUCCAUGAUUCUGGCCCUUCUUGGAUUGGUUGGUGCGUUUGCAGCCGGAAGUUGCAGGAAAGUGUCCAAAUCUGUGUACAUCUCAGCAGCUUUGCUUGCUGUUGCGGUGCCCUUCUACUUUGGCAUCCGUGCUGCGGUACUCAUGUUACAAGUCUUCCCAAAUAGCGCAACAUGGUGGAAAAUGGUGAGAGAAAAGCUAAAGCGAUCUGUGCCCGAUUGGCUCAAGAAGUUCUUUGAGCUGCCGCCUGAGGUGGAAGGUGAGAACAUGAAAUGGAAAUUAGAGAAGAGUCGGAAGCAUCUGCUGCUCCUUGCCAUUCUUGCGGCCAGUCUGACCUACCAGGCAGGCAUGAGUCCCCCAGGAGGAUUUUGGCAACAGAACAAGACAGGCCCUAUUGUCGCCGACUACUACGGACGUCGCUACACGGCUUUCUUUUACUGCAAUGCAGUUGCCUUCGUUGGGUCUUUUUCCUUGACGAUCAUGCUGCUGCUGAAUAGAAAGCUUUCGUCGAGAGGAAUACUGUCACAUGCGCUCAGGGUGUGUGUGAUCCUCGACCAGCUGAUUAGGCAGACCGGUGGGUUCGUUACCCGAAUAUGCCGGAAGGUAUCAAUAUCCACAUAUGUCUUCAUCCUGGUCUUUCCAGUUAUAGUCUGCAUCGCGCUCCAUCGUAUUCUGGGCGCGCCAGAGUCGAUCCAGGGUAGCCAACAGAUACUUCUAUUCUUGUUCAUCAUUAUGGAGGAAGAAGCGGGUCACAAAUUGCCGCCUACUGCCGUCCAUGGUCCCUGUCCGGAAAGCCAAGAUCUAAUGGUUGGCGAGAUCGAGUCAGAACACGACAAGACGAAGCUGGAUGGCGACGUGUGGGUGCUGGAUUGCAGUGCGCGGAUGCACUACACCGCCGACGUGCAGCUGCUCGAUGGCAGUGACGCGCUGCCUUCGUUUCGGGACGACGACGCCCACAUCCUUGCACGUGGGCACGUACGGACCAAUCGGUUUGAAGUCCCGAACGUCAGCUGCGUUCGGGGAGACGCGAGGAACGUCAUCUCCGUGGCCCAGCUUGCUCGCAGCCAUGGCUUGGUUUCGGUCUUUGAGCCGACAGUUGGUUAUGUGAGGGAUACAUCGACCGGGGAGGACGUUGGCCGGGCCUAUGUACGAGAAGGCGACGGGGUAUACGUGCUGGAGUAUCUGCUCAUCGGUGAGCCACAGGCAAACAUGCCACAAUCACCAAGCUCCAAACACGGAGGCACAAUGGCCGCUGGCGUUGAUUACAAGCGCUACCGGCGAGCUUUGACUCCCGCCACUGCGUCUGGAAUCAACUCUGCAGCUACCACGGAGCCCAACUUACUCUGGAAGCAGCGCCAGUAUGUGUUGCUGCAGGCCACGCUCGCGGCCACCGUCACCUACUCGCCGGGAGUGAACACGCCGGGAUGGCUCUGGCCCGACAACGGCGACGCUCUCCAGGUUACGUAUCCCCACCGCUACAAGGUCUUCUUCUAUUUUAACGCCACCGCCUUUGUCGCCUCCCUUGUCACCAUCCACCUCCUCUUGGUCGACUUGCUCAGCCGCCGCUGCCGCUGGUGGCUGCGUGCAGUCCCGGCCUCCGUGAUCCUCAUUCAAUUCUCCCUCCUGGGGGCCUUUGCCAUCGGUAGUAACAUGAGCGUCAAGGCAUCCAUCAAUUUCGUCAUUGCAUUAUUGGUUGCCGCCAUUACAUUGUACAUGGUGGUCCACAGCCUGAGCUCAGCAGCAUCUGAUCAUCGGGUUCAUCAUUCAGCAUCCGAGCUCAGCAGCACCAGUUCUUUCCAGGAGUUUCUCAAGCCCUUGGUUCUGUUCGCGAUUCUUGUUGCCAGUGUAACAUAUGAAGCUGGACUGAACCUGCCGAGUUCUUUGAGGCAACAAAGUGCUGCUCAUGAUUACAUCGCCGGUGACACAUGCCUCCACCUCACAAAUCCCCAGACCACGAGAUAUCUGGUUUUCUUUUACUGCAAUGCAACAGCAUUUGUUGCGUCGCUAGUUAUCCUUAUCCUACUCGGCAACAACAUAUUGAGCACCCAAGUCAAGCGGCUUGCAUUGAUAGUCUCCAUGAUUCUGGGCCUUCUUGGAUUUGUUGGUGCGUUUGCAGUCGGAAGUUGCUGGAAAGAUUCCAAAUCUGUGUACAUCUCAGUAGCUUUGGUUGCUGUUGCGGUGUCCCUCUACAUUGGCAUCCAAGUUGCGAUAUUCAAGUUACAAGUCUUCCCAAAUAGCGCAACAUGGUGGAAAAUGGUGAGAGAAAAGCUGAAGCGAUCUGUGCCCGAUUGGCUCAAGAAGUUCUUUGAGCUGCCGCCUGAGGUGGAAGGUGAGGACAUGAAAUUGAAAUUAGAGAAGAGUCGGAAGGAUCUGCUGCUCCUUGGCAUUCUUGUGGCCAUUCUGAUCUACCAGGCAGGCAUGAGUCCCCCAGGAGGAUUUUGGCAACAGAAGAAGACAGGCCCUAUUGUCGCCGACUACUACGGACGUCGCUACAAGGCCUUCGUUGGGUCUUUUUCCUUGACGAUCAUGCUGCUGCUGAAUAGAAAGCUUUCGUCGAGAGGAAUACUGUCACAUGCGCUCAGGGUGUGUGUGAUCCUCGACCAGCUGAUUAGGCAGACCGGUUAUUUCAGUGGGUGA